AUCGGGGGCUGAACGCCCAAGUGCUGUGUGUUUGCUUAAAAAAAAGCCGUCCAAGUGUGAUGUAUAUGGAAUCUGGGUCAGCUGGAGCUGGUUAGUGCACUUCUGCCCGACAGAGUUGAAUGCUGCAGUCUCCUCUCUGGAAUAAAAUAUGCUGCCACAUUAACUGCUUUGUAAAAAUGAUGUAGUUAGCUUGCUUAUUGCAUGGAGAAGCCCAAUUCCUCAAUGCAGCUUGGAUCUAACAGAGAAAGACAAAAGCAGUUUUCAACUACAGCUGCAGAUUAACAGCCCACAACAUCGGCUGGCAUAAGAGGAAAAGGCAAGCUGGUCUCUGGAUUUGCCACCUACUACAGGAGCAAAACAGCUGCAAGAUUUUUUUUCUUGUCUCUUCUGAAAGUCAUCAUAUUUGCUUGAAAAUGAAGAUAUUCAAAUGGACUUUGGGUGUACUACUGUUCCUCCUGUUGUCUAUCGGACGUUGUACAGAACGCUCUAAGCUUAAUAAAACAUCCCAGCGGAGGCACCCUCGUUCAGCAGACAGUGGAGAGGAAGGAACGAAAUGUGGUUACACAUUCUUGGUCCCAGAACAAAAAAUUACAGGGCCAAUUUGUGUGAACACCAAUGGACCGGGUACUGAUAACAGAAAAGACGAGGUCACAAGAAUGGACAUAGAAAACUUGAAGGAUGUGCUGUCCAAGCAAAAGCGGGAGAUUGAUAUACUGCAAUUGGUGGUGGAUGUGGAUGGAAACAUUGUGAAUGAAGUAAAAUUACUAAGGAAAGAAAGCCGUAAUAUGAACUCUCGGGUCACCCAACUCUAUAUGCAACUCCUGCAUGAGAUAAUCAGAAAGCGUGAUAACUCACUUGAGCUUUCCCAACUGGAAAACAAAGUCCUUAACAUUACAACAGAAAUGCUGAAGAUGGCUACAAAAUACAAGGAGCUUGAAGUAAAGUAUGCCGCGCUAACUGAUCUUGUAAAUAAUCAGUCUGUGACUAUCUCUCUGUUGGAAGAGCAGUGCUUGAGAAUCUUCUCCCGACAGGACACCCAUGGGUCUCCACCUCUUGUUCAAGUGGUGCCGCAGCACAUUCCCAACAGUCAACCAUAUCCUCCCGUUCUUUUGGGAGGCAAUGAGAUACAGCGAGACCCAGGUUAUCCUAGAGACAGAGAUGUAAGACCACCACCUGAUCCAGCUACUUCUCCUACAAAAAGUCCUUUCAGAGUUCCACCACUAGCUUUAAUUAAUGAAGGUCCAUUCAAAGACUGUCAACAAGCCAAAGAAGCUGGGUACGGCAACAGUGGGAUUUAUAUGAUCAAACCUGAAAACAGCAACGAACCGAUGCAGUUAUGGUGUGAGAACAGCCUGGACCCUGGAGGAUGGGCAGUUAUUCAGAAGAGAACAGAUGGAUCUGUCAACUUUUUCAGAAAUUGGGACAGUUACAAGAAAGGAUUUGGAAACAUUGAUGGAGAGUACUGGCUGGGACUAGAAAAUAUUUACAUGCUUACCAAUCAGGAUAAUUACAGGCUACUGAUUGAACUGGAAGACUGGAGCAAUAAGAAAGUCUAUGCAGAAUACAGCAGCUUCCGCCUGGAGCCCGAGAGUGAGUUCUACAGGCUGCGCCUAGGCACCUACCAGGGCAACGCAGGCGACUCCAUGAUAUGGCACAACGGAAAGCAAUUCACAACACUGGACAGAGACAGGGAUAUGUACACAGGAAACUGUGCCCACUUCCACAAAGGUGGCUGGUGGUACAAUGCGUGUGCGCACUCUAACCUUAACGGAGUGUGGUACAGAGGCGGCCACUACAGGAGCAAGUACCAGGACGGGAUUUUUUGGGCUGAGUACCGGGGAGGUUCCUACUCCUUGAAAGCAGUUCAAAUGAUGAUCAGACCUAUAGACUGAGGAGAAAAAUCCCACAGUGCUCAAAUGAUCAAAUAUAAACUUCAAGUGCUCAAGUUCCAGAAAAAAUAAAAUAUUACACUUAAAUCAUUGUUUUGCACAAUCUGCCUCUGCAAAAUGCAGGUCUACAAUUGUUUGUCUUUUCCUUCUUGCUGUGUUCCCCCCCCCCUCCCUUUUUUAAACCCUUUUCUACUGUAAGAGAUGGUAUUUUUAAAACAUACAGAUUCGAGUAACUCACAGAAGCGGGUGUUUGCAUUUGCAAUGCAUAUGCAUCUUUGUUCUAGGCCAACAUGCAUUACAUACACAGUCAUUAAAGCUGGUAAAGAAAUUACAGAUACAACAAGCUAUAAGCUUUUUCAUUUAGAAAGAUGAUACUUUUCCAGGUCAACUCAACCCUCAAAUAUAGAUAUGUGAAAUGAUACUGUCUUGCUUUAAUGUGAAAAUUGAUUAGUUAUUUAACAAUUUAUUUUAAAAUUGUUGGUAUUACUUUCAAUGAAAAUCUCACAUUACAUUACUGUUUAAGAUUUACUCCAAAAAGCUAGACAAGAAAUUGAAGACAUUCUAGCUUUCCCAGCAGAGAGAUAUUUUGCAACAAGCAAUUAUUUCAAAAUGAAGUAGUGAAUUAAAUACAAAAUACAGAAUUUCUUAAUGGUGUAGAGAAUUCCUUAAGAUCUGCAUAGCCUACCUUCUGUGGAACACUUAGGUACAACAUUCCUAACAUAAGAAAAGAUAACUGUAGGAAAUGGUUGAUAAACUCUAGAAGAGCAAGUUGCUCAGUGCUUAUUUCUCUACUUCUUACCUUUGUAUUCAAAACAUACAGCAUAACAUGCUAUUUAAGCAAAAAUAUUUCUUGAUGCAUAGAACUCGGAUGGCAAAAAAAAAGUCCUGAUAAGAUCAUGACCUACCGUUUAGAGAUUCCGCCCCCCCCCCCCCCGCCACUCCAGAUUAGGAGUGAUGAAAUCUGAACAAGUGUUCAGACACUCAUUUAAAAGACCAAAUCUCUAAAUAUUUAUAAAAUGAACUUUUCCUCCAACACAGCUUUAUGACAGAGUAAAAUGUGCAGAUUAGAAGUUAGCUCUGAGUGUAUUUUUCCUGUCACCCCAAACUUGGGCUGCUCUCAUGACAUACAUGUUGCCUUUCUCCUACAAAUUUAAUCCUUAUAACUAUCUUAUCUACAAGUUAAAAAAAAAAAAUCCCCAACCUUCCAAAAUUAAUAUCAAUUUAAAAAAGUAAAAUAUAGCACAAACAGACAAAAUUAAAACAAUGAAAAUCAAUUUUUAUGAGAAACACUACAGAUCAUAUAUACAUCUGAACUUAAUCCAUUUCCCUCUCAUCAAUUAGGAUUUCUAAAAAAACUAGUGUGGUUUGGCAUCAUAACAGUUGUCACACAGGUUUCCUUUUUCAAAGGCACGUGUAUACAACUGAUAUUCUCUAGAUUAAAUUUUUGACCUUCUGGAUAUCUGUUUUCUACAGGAAUUACCAUGUAAUUUAAGAAAUUACAAAGUAAAUUUCCAACUUUUAAGUAAUGACAUAUAGGAUACUGCAUUAAAACAAGAUACUUUAUAAACUGAAACAACAAAAUGUUCACUUUAAGCACCAGAGUCUCUGAAACUAAUUCUUUCUUCCUAGUUUAUAAAAUUAUUUAAUAGUUGUACUUAGUCAUACAUCUUAAUCUUUUAUUCUGAUAUUACAAGAAAAUUAAACACACCAUUUUGAACUGCAGCAAAUAUAUUUGUUUGACACGUCAUGCGCUCCAUCAGGAUUUUAUGGAACUUUGGUCCCAUUUAACCUAAGAAACCCUAAUAGCUAAUCAAAAGAAGAGUCAAAUGUCACACUUAAAUGAACCAAUACUGAUAGUCAUGAAAAGCAUUGUUUCUAAUUUAAGACUGAAAACAACAUUUUGGCUUCAAAACACCUUCUUUGGACUAGAUAAAGCUUCGUUGAUAAUAUAAGGCUGCAAAGGUUGUACUUAAAUCUCUGGUCGAUGAGAUCACAGGCAACACAUUUCAGCAUUCAGGGGGUGGAGGGGGAAAAUGCAGAAUUUGACCCAGCAUAUUCCAUUCCCAGAGCCCAAGAAUUUUAACUGAAAUAAAAGAUUAAGAUUACAACACUGAAGUUAUUCUUCAUCUGGACAACCUAGAGCCUAUUUUUUCUAUGGCAGUGGGAUAAAAGAGCAGUUCAGGUACAUUUAAAAGCUGAAAAAUAUCCUCUGAAGCAUUCCUUCAAGAAACAUUUUUGACAGCUUUAGUUUUUUCAACCUACAGACUUCCUCUCCUUGGAAGAAAACUUACUUUUCCACAAAAAUCUACCUUCUGCUACAAAAACAAUAUUUUAUUCAGACAGUCAGUAAAAAACACAUUUUCUAUAAACCCCAAACAAGUGAAAUUAGCUUCCACUCAGCCUUUAAAAUAAGUUUUAUGUAUGUGACAUCUAAAACAGGUAUUCUCUCCCAGCUUAAGGUUGCAGGAUAAAAUUAUCUAACCCUUAUUGCAAGCCCAGGCUGCACAAAUGCUGGGUUCUGGAAGGAAAGAACCUACUUUAAGCUGCCAGUUCAUGAUUAUGAGAAGGGACAGAGUAGCACUUCUUGUUGAGGCUGGUCCACACAACAUAUGAUAAUUUAUUUUCAAAUGCUUAUAUUCUUCCUAAUUUUAACCUUCGGGUUGAGUUUUCUAAUGACUUCAGAAAUUCAGAGUUUUGUCUCAUGCAUUUCUGAAAAGUUUUUCAGAAGAGGCUGUAGCAUCCCCCAAACUUCUUGCCCUUGAAAUUCAGAAGCAGUCUGUGUGUCAGGCUAUAGCUUUCACCAAUCCUGUGCUAUCAAUCCAUAUUUAACCAAAAUUCCCUUGAAAAAGGUUAAUCUGUACUAAGAUCUGAAACACAGUUUGCACAAAUAUUUCCAAAGUCUACUUGCAAGCAUUAUCACUGAAGGUAGCUGAAUAUUCAACAGAUGAAUGUUUUAAUAACCUGUCUUUAGCAUUCCCAUUUUUGUAUACAACUCCUGAAAGACAGAUGUAAGAAACUGUAUGUCAUAAGACAGUACUCCUUCGUCAAAGUAAAGAUCUUACUUCGAGA